AUGAGCAAUCAGGAAGUUGAUUUUCAGGCGGCUCAUCUAGAGUCUCCUAUGAAAAUGUCCCCCUCUAAAGUCAGUAUGAAUCAUGGAGCUUUCAUGGCUAAUAUGCAAAACGGGUACAGCCCCACAAGAGAAGGCGCUACCGCUGGUUCAUCCAGUACCAGGGUCAUCGAGGCUUUGCAUGCACAAAUAGACAGUCUUACAAAGACAAACCUCGAUUUGACAGUUCAGUCGAACAAUCUUCUUUCGCGGCUCGAAUCUUCGAACAAUACACAGAGCAAGCAUCUGGAAAGUAUAUCGACGCUGAAGCACGAGAACGACAAUCUCGGCUUAAUGCUGAGUAGAAAGGAACGCCGCGUGCGAGACCUGGAACAGCAACUUUCGCAGCUGAAGCAUUCAUACGAAGAAGCAGCUAUGGAUAACAAAACAAUGCGGCAUCAGCUGCAGACCUCGGGCCAGCGAGAGGGCACAUUGGAGAACCAACUACAGCAGUUACAGGUGCAAUACGAUGCGCUUGUUGAUGGCCAGAAACGAUACCGUGAGAAAUACGAUCUUGAAGUCGAAGAGCUAAAGAAGUCUUUGCAGGACUUCAAGCGCGACAACGAGAUGUACCUGACCAAGAACAUUCAAACUGUUGUUAGCAACAACACUGCAUUACAAACCAAAAUCAACCAAUAUUCCGGGAAAUACAAAAAUCUCGAGUCGCUCAGCCAACAGCACAUGCAGGAGUUGUCUCGAGAAGUUGAAGGCAUGGCUUCGAAGCUAGACCUUGCUAAAUGGGAGAAGCUCUAUGAAGAAAGCAGAAAUAUGGCAAUCGAAUAUUCCGAAAAAACCAACGUUCCCUUGUCACCAUCUUUCUUAGCGCAGCAUGGCGCCAAAUCUGGCAGCAGGUCUCCCUCCACAUCAAGCAGCUCAACAUUCGUGCAUCCAUCUCAAAUUCGUGUGCCCAAGGUCCGCCACUCAUCCUCUUCCGCCAAAAGAAGCAGUUUCUACGGAUCGAACGUCUCUGUACCCGGAGGCACCGUUCCAGGCGUCAAACAGCCUAGCGCAUCGCCUACUACUCCAUCUUCUGGUGGCCUCCCGGGUGUCAGAAGGUCUUCAUCAGUAAGGGGCUCUAGUUCAUCGUCCCGUAAUUCAUCAGGCGAUCUUGCGAGCGCCGAAUCAGCAGCCCAGUCACAGAAGGGAGCCUCGAAAAACAGUGCUAAUAACAAGAAGAAGAGGAUGUCUUCUCAUAGCUAUUCAAAGUCCAACGGGUUCUCUUUCGGUGAACCUUGA